CCAUAUACAGCACGAGGAUGAGCGUGCUGGAAAGAAGAGAACGUGAAGUGAACGCGUGUCGACUUUCAUCCGCGGACGAUUCUGUGAUUCGCAGCAGUGAUAAUAACAGAGUGUGUGUUAUCGAAUUCGCGUCCGCGAAUUCGACUGACUGUUGCAUGUUUCGGAUUGCAAAUCACGAGUACGUGCAAUUUCGUUCGGCAUUCACGCACGUCACGCAUCUCCCUCCGCGCGCUUCAUGAAGAACGCCAAGAGGAUAUCACACGACGUGCUGCAGCGGUCGCAGUGCCGUAUCGACCACGGUAGUUUUUAGUGCUGGCGUAGCCGAACGACGUCCCACGUCGUGUGUAUGAACAGAGGAACAGCUGCUAAAUGACUAGGUUUGUACCGAACUCAUUGCGUUAGCCGCUAACGAGCUCUCGUUUACCAUCUAGUCUACGAUUGGAGAAGUUACUUGAGAUUGCUACGGGAAACGUGUAAUUAGGCCAAAUGGAUCGGGCCAGAGGACGUACCUCGAUGGGUAAUUGUCGUAUCCGAAAGCUUGGCGUUUGCGUAAGCGUGAUUAUACUCGGAACCUUCAUCGCUUGUAUGCUGUUAGCGUACACAACGUUUGCAUCUCUGGUUACCGAACCUGACACGUUGCAGCAGGUGGUUUUUCUGUUUCGUCAUGGCGAUCGAACUCCUACAGAAACCUAUCCUAAGGAUCCUCAUAUAAAUUAUAAUUGGCCUGGUGGCUGGGGUUCUUUGACCAAGAAAGGAAUGCGUCAACUGUAUAACAUGGGUCAGUGGUUACGCUUAAAAUACGGCCCUAUAAUCGGUCGUAAAUUCGAGAGCACAGCCACGCUGAUACGUAGCAGCUACGCGGAUCGGUGCGUCAUGUCGGCACUGGCAUUACUCGCCGGAUUGUUCACACCAAGUCCCGAGAACAUGUUCGUGCCCGAUUUGACAUGGACUCCCGUUCCUGUACAUUCGAUACCACGGGAAUUGGACAAGCUGAUUGCGAUGAAGGCACCAUGUCCAAAGCUAGAAGCGGCUCUAAAACAGGCGUACAUAGAGGAAGAAAAAAAAUCAGAUGAGAAAAUGGCCGAGUAUUAUAUGGAAUUAACGCAGCACACCGGACAGAAUAUGAGCACGAUUAUCGAUGUCGAGUUUCUUUACAACACCCUCGAGAUCGAAGAGCAACACAAUUUACAACUUCCAGCAUGGACGCAAAAUUUUUACAACGACAAGAUGCGCGAAAUAGCCGCUCGUAGUCUCGCAAUCUUCACCGAAGGCACUAUUCAAAAACGUCUUCGUGGAGGGCCGCUACUAAAAGAGAUUUUACAUUGCAUGGAAGAGAGUAAAGACAAUCCCAAAUCGAAACGAUCUUAUUUUUAUUCCGCUCACGACAUAACUAUCGUUAACGUGAUGAGGACAAUGGGAUUCACGAAUGAGCUUCUUAAACCAGAUUAUGGAGCGAUGAUCAUAUUGGAGUUACACUUCGUCAAUGAUGGAGCCGACCAAGAAGUAAAGGCACUAUAUUUAAAUAAUACAGAAAUGGACAACGCGCAUCGUUUGGAAAUUCCUAACUGCGCGAGUCCUUGCCUAUUGCAAAACCUGAAGCAAGUGUGGCACGAAGUGAUUCCGAAUGAUUGGGAUGCAGAAUUCCCGGUUUAUCAGGCACGGUUCCGCCUCGCGAUCGCUCGUUUUUCCGAGCUGCUCGCGCAGCGCGACGCGCCUUCCACCAGUUACGCCGUUUACGUCACCACUGGCGAUCGUGACUCGUCCGCGCUCGCCCUCACGUCCGUCGCGCUCUGUCAAGCGCACCCAUUCAUCCUUGACCGACGGAUACGAGCAAAGGUUGGUGUUCGAUGGUGCUCUCUGGAUUCCCCUUUCUUCCUCUCUCUUCUUUUACUUCCUCUACUAGCCCGUCCACGUGUUCCUUUUCACACUCAUUUACAUUUUUGCACUUCAUUCUGUGUUGCACACUUCAAAUAUUUGAGAUCUCAACUAUUCCUCGAAAGGAAGGAGGAGGUGCUGGAUAGGAUAUCAGAAAAUAAGAUUGUCAACAUGUUUAGCUGGCUGAGUCGCGAGGAGAAUAGCAAGCAAGAUCUCUUCGAAAAUGUUACCGAAGGCCUUAAGAGGAUAUACAAAUCAAAGUUGUUACCACUGGAACAAUAUUACCAAUUCCAUGACUUUCAUUCGCCACAACUGGAUGAUCCUGACUUUGAUGCAAAACCUAUGAUUCUCUUAGUUGGACAAUAUUCCACUGGUAAAACCACAUUUAUCAAAUAUCUGUUAGAAAGAGAAUUUCCUGGUAUCAGAAUCGGACCAGAGCCUACUACGGAUCGAUUUAUUGCUGUCAUGUACGAUGAAAAGGAAGGAGUCAUUCCUGGAAAUGCCUUGGUCGUAGAUCCAAAUAAACAGUUUAGGCCACUUUCAAAAUUCGGCAAUGCAUUCUUGAACAGAUUUCAGUGUUCAACUGUAGUGUCGCCUGUUUUGAAAGGCAUAUCUAUAGUAGAUACACCUGGUAUAUUAUCUGGUGAGAAACAAAGAGUUGACAGAGGCUAUGACUUUACUGGUGUUUUAGAAUGGUUUGCUGAACGCGUAGAUAGGAUUAUCUUGUUAUUUGAUGCUCAUAAGCUCGAUAUCUCAGAUGAAUUCCGCAGAUCUAUCGAAGCCUUACGUGGACAUGAUGAUAAAAUUAGAAUUGUUCUUAAUAAAGCUGACAUGAUAGAUCAUCAACAGCUCAUGAGAGUAUAUGGUGCUCUAAUGUGGUCAUUGGGAAAGGUAUUACAAACUCCAGAAGUAGCUAGAGUUUAUAUUGGCUCAUUUUGGGAUCAGCCCUUAAGAUAUGAUGUUAAUAGAAGACUAUUUGAAGAUGAAGAACAAGAUUUAUUCAGAGAUAUGCAAUCGCUUCCAAGAAAUGCUGCAUUAAGAAAACUUAAUGAUUUAAUUAAACGAGCACGCUUAGCAAAGGUACACGCGUACAUAAUAAGCGCCUUGCGGAAAGAUAUGCCGAGUAUGUUUGGUAAGGAUACUAAAAAAAAAGAACUGAUAAAAAAUUUGGGCCAGACUUACGAUCAAAUUCAAAGGGAGCAAAAGAUUUCACCUGGUGAUUUUCCGGAUCUAAAGAAGAUGCAAGAGAGCUUAGCACAUCACGAUUUUAAUAAAUUUAAUCCCCUGAAGCCUAAGUUAUUAGAAGUAGUGGAUAAAAUGCUCGCUGAAGAUAUCGCGAAGCUUAUGGCUAUGAUACCACAUGAAGAAGUUACUACCGUUUCGGAAACACUUACAGGAGGAGCAUUUGAAGGUGUAAAAGAUCAAGUUAGUCCAUUUGGAUAUAAAAGAGGAGAAGGAAUUGAUGCAGGUGCAGGUGAACCAGAAUGGAUUGUCAAUAAGGAAAGAUAUAAAUAUGAUAGUAUCUUUGAAUCACUUGAACCACAAGAUGGAAAAAUUACGGGAGCAGCGGCCAAAUCAGAAAUGGUCAAGUCCAAAUUGCCAAACAGCGUGCUUGGAAAGAUUUGGAAACUUUCAGACAUUAAUAAAGAUGGAUUCUUAGACUCUGACGAAUUUGCCUUAGCCAUGCAUCUAAUUAAUAUAAAGCUCGAAGGAUACGAUUUACCGGCUGAACUACCAGAACAUUUAAUACCGCCAUCGAAACGUGACACAUAAUAUACAUUUUUUGUAUUAUAAUACAAAUUAUAAUUUAUUCAUGGUUCACAAUUGGUUAACAUACAUUUGGAACUAUGAAACGGUGGAUAUUAACACGACUUAUUAGUCGUGUACUACUGCCAGCAAUUCACAGG